AUGAUUAAAAGCACAAAUGAUUUACAAAACAAAAAUUCUAUUAACGAUGAAUUACUUCAAGAAAUUCAGAAAAUUCAAGCAGAAUUAAAAAAGAAAAAUGGUGAAUAUGAGGAGCUAAAUAAUAAAUAUAGAGAAAUAUAUGGUUCUUAUGUUUUGACAAAAUCUAAUUUAGAAGAAACAACAAAUAAUUAUGAGGGAGAAAUACUAAAAUUAGAAACAAUAUUAAGAGAAAAGGAAAAUGAAUAUAUGAAUUUUAGGGUUAAUUUUCAAGAGUUAUUAGAAGAAAAAUGUAGAUUAGAUAGAGAUAUUGAGAAUUAUGAAAAAGCUAUUUAUGAAAUAAACGAAAAUUUGAUAUCAUUAAAGGAAACACACAAAGAAGAAUUAAAAGAAAUUCAAGAUGAAAACAACAAUCUUUACUCUCAGAUAGAAAAAUUUAAUGAAGAAUUAGAAAGAAUAAAAAUAAAAAAUCAAGAACUAGAGAAAAUUAAUGAAGAUAAAAAGAAAAGUUCUGACAUUUUAAAUAAGGAAGUUUCUGACUUUAAAGAAGAAAAAAAGUUAUUUAGAGAAGAAAAAGAUAAGUUUAAGGUGGAACAAAAUAAAAUCGAAAAAGAAAAAGAGGAAAUAGAAAAAAGUAUCAAACAAAUAGAAGAAGAAAAAGAGGAAAUAGAAAAAAGUAGAAAACAAAUAGAAGAAGAAAAAGAAGAAAUAAAAAAAAAAAAAGAGGAAAUUGAAAAAAGUAGAAAACAAAUAGAAAAAGAAAAAGAAGAAAUUAAAGAAGAAAAAGACAAAGUAGAAAAAAGUAGAAAACAAAUCGAAGGAGAAAAAGAAGAAAUAAAAGAAGAAAAAGAGAAAAUUGAAGAAAGUAGAAAACAAAUAGAAAAAGAAAAGAAAGAAAUAAAAAAAGAAAAAGAGGAAGUAGAAAAAAGUAUAAGACAAAUAGAAAAAGAAAAAGUAGAGUUAGAAGACAAUAUAAAAAAUAUGAUAAUAAUAAAUAAUGAUUUAAAUAAUGAAGUUGAUAAUCUUAAAGCAGAUAAAUUGAAAAUAGAAAGCUAUUCGAAAGAAAUAGAACAAAAAAUUAAUCUAUUAGAAAAUGAAAAUAAAAUAUUCAAGAAUAAAAUAGAACAAAAGGAAAAAAUGAAAAGUGAUAUGCUGAAUGAAAUGAAUUCUUUAGAUAGUAAAUUAAAGGAAUUAGAGAAAAGUUUAGGAAAUAAACAAGAUGAAGUGCUUAAAAGAGACUCAAUUAUACAAAUUCUAUAUAAUAAAUUAAAAGAGAAAGAAAAUAAAAUUGUUUUGUUUCAGAACGAAAAUCAAUCCUUGAAAAAUUCUAAAAAAGAAUUAAAUAAAAAAUUAGAUGACAAAAAAAGUGAAAUGGCAAAGAUAGACAAUAUAUUAUAUGAAAAAUUAGCUAAAUUAAUAAUAAAAAAAAAAAUUAGAGAAAGAGAUGAUUUGCAUUUUGAUGGGCAUCCAUAUUCUUCACUUUUGAAAACAUUAUGGUUUGGUUACAUAGACAUAUGUAAAUGCAUAUUAAAAACAAGAGAUUCCUAUCUAUAUAGUGGUAAUAAAAAUCAUAGAUUUAUUUCUGCUUAUGAUACUGAUCUGUUUUUGGACGUUAAAGAAGAAAAUGAAAAUAAAGGUUUGCUUUCCUAUAAAAAUGAAACAAGAGGAAUUUUUUUUAUAAAUGAAGAAGAAAUAAAAAAUUUAAUUUAUGUUGGACCUUUUAAUAAAUUUAAUGGUUAUAAUGUUGCAAUUUGUAAUGAUAAGAAUAAUUUAGAAAUAUCUAAAAGUCAUAUUUGUUCUUACAUAUUUGAAGAAAUGUAUGAAACAAAAAAGGGAACAAAAUUAGUUUUGAUUAAAGAAAAAGAAAGUGGGAAAUACUUGAGUGGGUUAAGUAGAAAUUUAUAUUUUGAUAAAAAAAAAAAAGGAGUUGACAAAUUAGAAUAUAUUAAUGUUGUAAGUAAAUUAAUUAAUUAUAUUACUAAUGAAAAAGAAGACAAUGAAAAUAUUGUUAUAAAAACAUCUGAUAAAAAGCUAAAAAUUGAAAGUGAAACAAAAACUUCUCUUGUAAAAAAAAGUAGUCCUUUAAUUAAUGAAGAAAAGAAUGAAACAAAAAAAAAUUUUACUAAAAAGGAUAAAAUGAGUAGCAAAAAUGAAAAAGUGAAAAAUACAAAAUUAACAAAUGCAAUUAAUAAAAAUGAGAUGGUAAAUAAAGAAAUGAAUGAAGAAAAUUUGCAUAAUUAUAAAAUAGCUAAAGAUAUGCUGUUAAUAUCUGAUAGUAAUAGUAGUACAGAAAAUGAUAGUAUAUAUAGCUUCAAAAAUAAAAAUACUGAUGAAGAUGAAUUUACACAUAAUGUUUUAAGUAAAUCAAUAGCAACCAAUUAUAUAGGUAAUAACAACAUGUCAUUUUUUAAAUUCUCAAAUAAUUCUGAUUUUAAUAAUACUGAUGUUGUCUUAACAACUAAAAGAAAUGAAGCUAUUAUAUUUGAAAUUUUUAAUUAUGACCAAAUAGUUGAACAUGAUGCUAUUAAAUUUGCCUCCGAAUGUGUUUUACAUUUCCUUGUAAAUUCUAAUAAUAAUUUACAAAAUAUUUCUAACAAAAACAAUGAAGAAGGAUCCAGUUUUUUUUCUACUUUUGAUGGGGAAUGGUGCAUUUUACCCGCAUAUUUAUAA